UAGUUUACUGUCUUUGCGUAGCUUGCCACUUUCUGUAAUAGCAAGAGAAGACCGAUCGGCAUCGAAUAUGCUGGAAUAACGCUUAAAUCGUAUUUACCUUGUUAUUUACCUGUUAUGCUUAGCUACAUCUAUGAGCCUGAUGGAAACCGAUAUGGACCUAACCUUAGAUUUCAAAUUCGUAAUUUGAUAUGAUAUUUUUUUAGUUCAUCACUGUAGCUAACUGAAUGAUUUGGUUGUUAUGAUCUCUCUCUCUGUGUGUGUUGGGGGGUGUAAGUCCGGGGCAAGAAGGACCCGGAAGGGAAGAGCAGCUGCCGCUUUUAUUUGGGGGGCGAGAACUAACCAACAUUAUAACUAAAAGAGAACGUUUUUAAAGAAAACUGUAGCUUAACAGCUGCAACGAUUAGACUGCGUGGGACCUGGUAAUCAAGCUUUUUUCGUUUUGUUAAUAUAUAUAUAUAUAUACACGGAAUAAAUAUUUCGCGAGAAAAAAUAAAAGCCCAGAACUGAUGUAGCAGUGUCACCAUCCCCACUACCUCCAUCCAGUCCCCAUGUGCCUGCCCGUCUGUCUCUCUGUAUGCCCUGAGAGAGACCUGUCUGUCUGGGCUAUACAGAGCAAGGAGUGACAACACAGCCGAGACUGACCCACCACAACUGACUGGUCUACUCUGGAGGUUCUAGACACCACCACCAACGCCCUACAGACAGAGAACCCAGUUGAAAGGAUGGCCCCUGAUUGGUCUCCCUGCUGAGAGAGGAAACCAACCUGAUUGGUCUCCCUGCCUGCUCUCAUCCAUCAGUGGGGAACAGGAGGAGUUGCUGUUUUUAUAGUUGUUUUGCUGCAGAAGUACUUUAACCUGGUCCUGGGACACGUCUGUUCUGUCUAUCUGAUGUCACAAAGCAGCGAGGUCUCUCUGGGCCUCUGAUAGUUUUCUUUAAUUAAAAAAAAACAAAAACAUUCCAGGUUGGUUUUGGAGCCCGGUUCUUUUACCGGCUUUGUUAACUACUGAAACUGGGGGAGGGGGACGAUUCAUGGGAUGCAACGAUGUCGGAUCUCAAUGAGCGUAGGCCAGUCAACACGGACUACGCUGUCUCCCUGCUGGAGCAGCUCAAGCUGUUUUACGAACAGAAGUUACUGACUGACGUGGUGCUGCUGGUGGAAGGCAACGAAUUCCCCUGUCACAAGAUGGUCCUGGCCACAUGCAGCUCCUAUUUCAGGGCCAUGUUUAUGAGUGGUCUGUCUGAGAGUAAACAGAGUCAUGUUCACCUGAGGAACGUGAACCCAGCCACCCUGCAGAUGAUCAUCACAUAUGCCUAUACAGGCAACCUGGCUGUUAACGACAACACCGUGGAGCCCCUUUAUGAGACGGCAUGUUUCCUCCAGGUAGAGGACGUGCUACUGCAGUGCAGGGACUACCUUGUGAAGAAGAUCCACGCAGACAACUGUGUCCGGAUGCUGAGCAUCGGGGACCUGUUCUCCUGUGUGGAGCUGAAGCAGAGCGCCAAGCGCAUGGUGGAACACAAGUUCUCCGUGGUCUACCGUCAGGAGGCCUUCCUACAGCUGUCCCACGAGCUGCUGGUCGACGUACUGAGCUCAGACAACCUCAACGUGGAGAAGGAGGAGACGGUGAGAGAGGCGGCCAUGCUGUGGCUGGAGUACAACAUGCAGGCCAGGUCCCAGUACCUCUCCUCGGUGCUCAGCCAGAUCCGCAUCGACGCUCUGUCUGAGGUGACGCAGCGCGCCUGGUUCCAGGGCCUACCUCCUAACGACAAGUCUGUCGUAGUGCAGGGCCUGUACAAGUCCAUGCCCAAGUUCUUCAAACCCCGCCUGGGGAUGACCAAGGAGGAGAUGCUCAUCUUCAUGGAGGCUACGUCGGAGUCGCCGGCUGACAUGGGUCCGGUCAUGACGGGCCCCAACCACACGGUAGUGUGUUACAGCCCGCAGGCUGAGAAGGUCUACAAGCUCAGCAACCCACCCGGCGACCUUCAGAAGGUGGGAACGCUCGUCACCCCCGACAACGACGUGUUCAUCGCCGGCGGGCAGAUCACGCUGAAAAACUCAAUCGCCAACCACAGGAAGAGUGGCAGCAAGAUGCAGGCGGUGUUCCGAUCGGUGGACAGCUUCUUCUGGUUCGACGCCCAGCAGAACACCUGGUUGCCCAGGACGCCCAUGACGUGUGCACGCAUCAAGCCCUCUCUGGUCUACUGCGAGGGUUACAUCUACGCCAUCGGGGGGGACAACGUGGGCGGGGAGCUGAAUAAACGUACCGUAGAACGCUACGACUGUGAGAAAGACGAGUGGGCCAUGACGUCUCCUCUCCCGUGCGCCUGGAACUGGACCACGUCCGUAGCAGCACGCGGUUGUGUCUACGUGAUGACCCACGACCUCAUGUACUGCUACUUCCCCCGCGCUGACACCUGGGUAGAGAUGGCCACGAGGAAGACCAGUCGCUGCUUUGCCUCCGUCGCUGCCUUAGGUGACCUCAUCUUUUAUGUCGGCGGGCUCCACGUGGUCAGCAACUCGGGUGUCCGCAUGCCCACCAGCACCAUCGACGGCUCCUCUGUCACCGUGGAGAUCUACGACGUCAGCAAGAACGAGUGGCGCCUGGCCGCCGACAUCCCUGCCAAGCGUUACUCGGACCCGUGCGUGCGGGCUGUGGUCCUCCCGGGUUCUCUCUGCAUCUUCAUGCGCGAGACUCACAUGAACGAGCGCGCCAAGUACGCCAUCUACCAGUACGACCUGGAGCUGGACCGCUGGUUCCUGAGGCAGCCCGUGUCUGAGCGGGUACUGUGGGACCUGGGGAAGGACUUCCGCUGCUCUGUGGGGAAGCUGUACCCAUCCUGUCUGGAGGAGUCCCCAUGGAAACCACCCACCUACCUGUUCUCCCCCGACGGGGCCGAGGAGUUUCAGGUGGACGGGGAGAUGGUGUCGCUCCCUCACAUAUAACUCUUGACCUUUCACCUCUGGCCGUGUUGGAGGGAUGGCCCUGAAGGCUUGUAGAUGGGGGGGAGGGGGGGGGGUUGGAGGAGUAGGUUACCACAGUACUGAGGCACUAAGUGUGUUGAUAUCUGGAUCAGAGGCAUCUGACAAUUACUAGACUUGCUGCAUUUAAAGUCUGUUCUGCUUGACUGGCUGUUGCUGACAAACAAACAGUACUAAACAGUCAGACAUUCAAAAUGUAGGAGAGAAACGGAAAAAAAAUAACGAUUCCCCUCCAAAUACUAGGAUUUUUUGUUGUUGUUGCCAGUGACUUUAUUAUCACAAGUCAACUGAUAUGUGGUGGUAAUGAUGCACUUACAGGUGAAAGUCUGGAAUAAUGAUGGAAACUGUACCAA